AUGUUUCCAUCCUUGAUUUCUUCUUUAGCUGUUCUUGGCACCGCCAUUUUGACGGCUCGCGCCGCUCCGAUGCCGGCAUCGUGUCGUGCGACAUCAAGUACUCUGGCCGGCAUGGGCAUGUGCUUCGAGCCCUCUGUGGGGUGCAACCCAGGCCAGAGGUUCGGAGAGUACAUUGCGAGGAACAUCCGGCACGAAAAGGGCAUCUGCACGACGACAGUUGAGUUCACUUGCUGUACAAAGUGA